GAGUCGCAGGAUCUAGGAAGCGCCGGGCCUUGCAUGGAUCAACGCGAUGUGCCACGAAAGCCUAGAAACACGAUUGAAAUAGCGAAAGGAGAAUCGGGGCAGAUGGCGAUGUAUUCGAGUGGACUAGUCUUCAGUUGAGCGCUCCCGUCACAUCCUGAAACCUAGUAAAUCAGCAGAGUAGGUGCUGGAAUGCUGAGCAGGGUGCUUUCUCCCUCUGUGCUAUGGUUGAGCUGGUUCUUCUCUCCUUUGCUUGGCUCGCUGCGGACUAAAACCGGCAGUGCCCGGAUUUCGGUCGAUGUCAAACUAACCCUUUGCUUGCUAGAUUAUAGGUCAGGCGGAAAGAAACCACUUCUUCUUCCGUACAAGUGCUCUCGACCAUCAUCAAGUCGGGAAGCGCUGCAAGGGCUUCGAUUUGUAGGUCGCUGAUCGUAGAUCUACACGUGGAUGUGGUGGGUGGUGACGGCUAGCUAGCUUGACCUUGGAUCACGUUCUGGUUCUCAGAGUGCGUAGUACAAGUUGUAGCUAUUAUUAUGGAUAAAAAGUUUGUACGCUCCCGUAGCGUCAGGUAUCGCUCUGCUGCCAGAUCAAGGGCCACACAGAGUGUGUGUUUGGAAAAAAGCAAAGUUGAUUUGCAAGAUGCGGACAAGAAUCUCCCAGCCAUGUCGAAUGUGGUGGCCAGCGAGGGAGGAUCGUUGUCGUCUGCAGGCUUCAUCAGUGAUAUGAUAGACUCUGAUGGUUCAGCGCUGGACAGACUUCGUGCCGAAUUACAAGAAGCCUGCAUAGAAAGGCUCAAGGCUGCCGAGUACGGUUUAGUUUUGUUGGAUGAAAAGAAUUUUCUGCAGCAGGAAGUUGACCGACUGGAAGUGCAGCACGAGGAAAGCCGACAGGAGGUUGAUAAUUUAAACCAGCAACUUCAAGAGAGCCGUUCGGAGAGCUCAUACUUCAAGCAGCAGGUGUCAUCACUGCGUGAGGAUCUUGUGGAGCAAUGUGACGAACGUGAGGAGGAGUUGGUUAAAGACUCUCGCAAUCUUCUACAGCAGCUUUCUAAUGUGAAGCACUCACUCAAGUCGGAGACGGAGCAACGCAGACUCCUAGAGGAAGAGGUGGAGAUAUUGCGGCAAAAUGAACAUAACUUAGAGAACAAAGUCAUCAUUGCCAAGCGACAGUCAUCUGAAGAGCUGGAAGAAUGUCGCACCCUGAGGAUGACGAAUGCUGAGUUACGGCAGCAGCUAGGUAUCACCAGCCAAACUGCAGACGAUGAGAACAGACGGCUGCGCCAGGAGAAUGCCGAACUGGCCGAGCAAGUGCAUGCGCUGUGUGAAGAACUCGACAACAUACAGGCGGAGACAUUGCAGCUCCCUAACGAGCUGGAAAAGCAAGCAGUGACGGCUGAAGAUACAUCACCAGCUGAAGAAGGCAGCAGCAGCACUACGCAUGACGGACUGCCAAGCUCAAGUAGAAGCUCCCAGGAUGCGGCUUCUCCUGCUGGUCAGGAUCCGCUCUCAGAGACGAAUAGUGUUGCGGAGGAUUCUCGUAAUGGCGAUUGUCCACGUCCCGCUCUAAAGAGACAAGUCUCCGGCAGUGUUAAGCAACGCUUACGCCAGCGUACCUCCGUGGAGAGUUCCUAUGGCGACUAUGCAACUGAAGCCGCGUUUGAGAAGCGCGAGAGAGAACUGCUGCAAGAGGCUAGCCAGCUGAGAGCGGAUCUGGUGGCGGCGCGCACCGAAGUCGACGGCAUUCGCCAGAUGUCGGCCGAUACCAAGCUGGCCACGUCGAAGCAGAUCGCACGCCUCCAAGAGGAGCUGGAGCUAAUGGGCCAGCGAGAGCAGGAGGCGCACCAGCAGAGCAAGGAUCACGAAGAACAGGCGAACAGCCGGCAGAAGAUGGCCGUGGUGAACGAGGAUGUUCUCUCUCAUCUCAGCGGCGAGCUGCGUGCACUUAACAUGGAUUUGGUCAAGGUGAGCCGCGUUGCCUCCUCUCUGGGAGGGGACCUGACGAAGAGGAAGCUGGAGAAGCAGGAGAGCUGCCUGACCGAGAGUGAUAUCCUGGAGUGUGACUCCAAUGUGCAGCUGCUCAAUAACAUCCGCCGGCAAGUUCGCUCUGUCAAGUCUGCACUGGACUUGGUGGUUAUGCAGUCAUUGCAGAAGGCCGCUGCCAAAAUUGGUCAGGCUAGGCAGGAUGCUGACUCCAACCUCUGUGACGAACGAAAGGAAAGCCUGCAGCAGGACCUAAGGCGAGCACAAGAUCAGCUGGCUGCCAAAACAGACGAGUCAAGCCAGCUGCGCAACGUAUCACUGCUAAAGCUAAUGUGGAAAGAGAGCGCGCUGCAUUUGAGCAGCAGCUGUCGAUGGUGCGACGACUUCAUUGGCCAACUGGCACAGGGAAAGAAAGAGGCUAGUGCACUGCGCGACGAGGCCAAGUUACUGGACACUAUGCUGAACAGAGCUAUUGAGCAGAAGCUCGCACUGACCGAGAAAUUGGAGAACUAUGAAUUCGAGGCCCAGCGCAAGAGCAUGGUGCAGGCGUCACCAGGGAAAAGCGAGGCGAAGAAGCCUACACGUCAAUUGGUGGACUCGAAGUCACCCUUGUCUGCACGUUUGCGCUUCCUGCGUAGAGCCAAGUCUUAA